AUGGAACAGCAGCAGCAACAGCAGCUGCAACAGCAGCAGACGCUGCUGCAACAGCAACAACAGCAGCUGCAACAGCUGCAACAACUGCAGCAGCAACAGCAACAGCAGAGCUCGCAGCCUUCUUUGUUCCCUGAUUCCACCGCAGGCAUCGUGCAGGCUCCUGGUGUUUCCUUCAACACGUCCCCUUCUCCCCCCAGCGAGGCCCCUGCUUCGCUUCCUGUGACGUACCCUAUUGACUACAAGAGCUGGGCUGCUGCUGCAACGCAGCUGCAGCAGCAGCAACUACCUUCCCCCCCGUCUGCUGUCCAUACACCUCAAGAUUCCCCUCCCCGCGACGUUUGGGGGCCCCACAGCGUCUCACCAGUGUAUUCUCCUGCUCUGGGUAGUGACUAUUCAGCAUGGCAGCAUCAGCCGGGUGCCCCUCACGGGACUCCACUGGAUCAGCAGCAGCCGCAGCAGUUUCUGCUGCUGCAGCAUCAGCGAGCUGGCGAUGGGUCCGGCGGCGGAGCCAGUGCCCCUCCGCGCCCCAGUGCUCUCUCCAGUGACAGCGCGAAUGCUAGUUUUGAUGUAGUGCUGGAGCAGGUGUGCCGGCUGCUGCACACAAACAGCGCAGGCUCUGCAAGCGCAGAAAGUGCUGCAGGCACAACAGGGGCAGGGGUGGCUUCUUCUGCUCCUAGUCCAAGGAGAACUUCGUUAGAAGAGUGUACCCUAGAUGGCCUCAUGCCUGCAACACAUAUAUCCGUCAACGGACGCAUGUGGGUGGGGGACGAUGUACCCUUUGCUACUGCUGCCAGCCCUGCUGCAGCCGCGGCGGCUGCUGCGGAGGCGGUGGGGGUCGACGCUACGCAACAGCAACAGCAUCAGCAACAGCAACAGCAACAGCAACAGCAGCAGCAACAACAACAACAGCAACAGCAACAGCAGCAGCAACAACUGCAGCAACAGCAGCAACAGAGGUCGACAGGCAGGUCACGAACUCAGGGGCGAACCAAAUACGGCCGCCCUCACAACCAGUCAGAUCCGCUGAUUCGCAGCAGCCCAACCGGCCUCGCGGUAGGCAGCCACUGGGCGCAAGCCUUGACGCAGGCGAAACAGCUGUUGCAUCGCCCGCAGCAGCAGCAGCAGCCACAGCAGAUCGCCGAUGCAGCGGGUUCCGCUCAGCUGCACGAGUGUCUGGCCCGCCUUAAGGAGGCGGUGGUUCUGUUGCAGAGGGAGAACCAGCAGCUGCGGGCAAGAGUGCAACAGCAGCAACAGCAGCAGGUGCGGCUACAAGCUCUGCAACGGUUGCAUGCGCCUGCGAAGGAGGGGGUGGCAACUUCGCGCGCUCAGUCAUUGAGUCCUUUUGGCACCUCCAGUGAAGUCAGCGCUUCAGCUGAUGGCUGUAACAGUGGCGGCUCGAACCCUGUGUGGAGGGCAAUGAGCGGCAGUGCUCUUCCUUGCCCCGAGGAAACACCUGAUGAGAUCCGAAGCGCCCCCAACCCCUCAACCCCCGUCCUGCCCUUCGGAGUAUCCUCCGUUGAACAGUUUCUGAGCAAGUUCCCUUUUUCUGUCUCUCACCGCGGUUAUAGCCACUCGGUAUUGAAGUUCUGUGCAGACCACAACUUGGUGGUUAAGUUGCUCGGCUUCCAAGGGAAGCGGGUGGAUUUGCUGGAGAAAAGCCAUAGGUGCCGCAUUCAGGCUUCAGCGCAGGCUGCUUCGUUUCCUGGGUACCCCAACGGCCGCUGCGUGCUGUUUGUGGGGGCCCUCAUCUCGCUGCUGCGGGCGAGUGCAGAUCUUUUCGCGGUCGCGGACACCAGCAGGCCAGGCCUUCGCUCCAACCUGGGGGGCUACAGGAUGUGCCUGGUGGUGCCAGGAGAGUAUGUUGGGCGGUUGCUGCGCAGCAACUGCUCGGGGCUGCAUGCUCUGCAAGGAGGAGGAGGCACGACGGUUCAUAUUGCUCUGGGGAAUCUCUGCGUCUUGAUGUCGGGCGGCUAUUCUGAGCGCGUGCUACUCAUUGACGGGGCCCUAGAGGGGGUAGCAAGGGUACUGGAGAUGGCAGCAGCGCAGCUGCAAGACGUCUUCCGUAAAAGCUCGGGGUCCCAAGGGGGGGCAUCAGGAGGCAACGGGAUCCCCUUGAUUCAGCGUUACGAAUUCCUGGACUACCCAAAGAGAAUCGACGUGGACAUCUCCUAA